GGCGCUGUACAGACGCCGAACGGAGUUUCGAGACUUCGCCGCAAGGGGCGCCACCUGACGGAAACGCUGCUAUUUUGUAAUUUCCAUAUUCGCAAAUGUCACCAAAAACUGUUUCGCAUGGCAAAUACAGAUUGCAAGACGGAAAACGUUGCGCUUGACUUCGACGAAUCGCGAUCGACGAUUAAUAAAUUCAUUAUUUCCUGCUGUUUAAUGUCACUGACAAUUUCUUUUGUUAGACAACCUUUUGAACAGUCUCCAGUUUAUCAUUCUACAAAUGUUUUAGUAAAAAUAACGAAUGAAACUUCAGAUGCGGAGUAACGUUCGAAUAAUUAAUCUAUCGAAGACUUAUUGUCUUUAUAGCCAUAGUUCGAUAUAUUUUCUUGGACAAGGAAAGGAGUGAAUAAAUUUCAGACCGCUGGGAGACACAUGAACUGGAACAAAUUUUUCACCGGUGCCAGACACCACGGGGACGGCAAAAGCGAGGAUGAACCGGAAACGGAAGACGAUGACGCAACCGACAGCAAUGCCACUGCUUCCACCGAGAAAGUUUCACAUUUCCUCGGAAUACGUUUCCACCAUUUUCCUCACGACCGUUUCUACCAAGUCUGCAUUAGAAACGUUUUCUUAUCGAUCAAUGCAAUGACCUUCCUUGCAGGCAUAGUCGGCGUGGUAAUGUCGGUGUGGACCCUCACCGACGAAAGGAUAAUGUCCCGAUUGAUUGGACACCGGAUUUUCCUGGUCGCUUUACUAUUCGUCGGUCUCGUUGGCUCCCUCACAUCAUUACUUGGGAUAAUUAGUCUUGUUCGAAAACGAAAGAUGUACCUGAAGACUUACGCGAUUCUAUGCUUGUGCUUCCUCUGCAUCAUUUUCGUGACCGCUGUAUCGAGCUUUUGGAUCUUCGAAGAAAUUCUGAAGAACGUACAGGCAGACAUGAUCACCGCCAUGAAAAAUUACGAUUCCUUGUCGUCGAACAGAAGGUCUUGGGACAGCACCCACAGAUACUUGAAGUGCUGCGGGAUCAAGUCCUCGAACGACUGGGCCAAUUAUCAGAUCAGUAUCCCCAAGAGCUGUUGCGCCAAAGCCAUUGAACAAUGUUUAAGCAUGACGGAAGCCGUAGCGUUCAAGGUCGGCUGUCUUCGGAACGCUGCGCUUUUGCUGAAGUCGCACGUUCAUGCCAUAAGCAUAACGGCUCUGCUGAUUUUUCUGAUCCUGGUAAUGAAUUUCUCAUUCGCCCUCUGCAUCCUGUGCCGAUUGAAGGAACGCCGAUCCAACAGAUGAAAAUCAUCCUACUUGUUCGGCGAAUAAUAAUGAAGCAGAACAACUCUAUAAUCGCAAUGUAACAAUUAUAGAGGCCGAGGGCGAAGGAUCGAUACGCGCGAGGAUCGAGAAGAGAGAAUAAGAAACUGCCCGAUGAAACGUUUUCCCGUUUUUAUUAUCAUAUAUAGAUCAUAUAUUUUCUGAAAACACUUAAUAUAUUGUACUUAUGAUAGUAA